UCUACAUUUCUCAAUUGAUACCUAGUAUAAUCGAUGUGGCGUUUUGGGACUGGCUCGCGAGCAUCGUUUUUGAGGCUUCGUUUGCCUUCUCACAGAUGCGAAGCCAUCAGGCAGGCAGGGAGUUCCUCUCAUAAAUCUGCGCUUGGCGGUUGGGUUCCUGUUGUGGCUGUAGGAGGUGGAGCAAUAGGAGUUAUUAUAGGAACAUUUACUUUGGCUGCUGUAAAGCCAUCAUUCAGUGAGUUCCUUGAAAAGCAGUUUCCAGCACUAAAGUCUGUGCUAAGAACAAUACAGGAACAAACAGGCAGGUAUUCAAUAGGCAGUGCAUCAGAGAAUGCUGGUGGUAAAGAAAUGAGGCAAGAGGACACACCUGUUAAACGAUCUAAAGUCACUGGUUUCAAGGUUGUGCAACCUGCAGCUACUGUGCAACAUCAGGGAAACCAAACCCCACCGGAUGGUCUUGCUGGUGAUAUAAUUGAAGAAAUAGAUAGCACUGCUACAGAGCAUCAAAAUUCACAAGAAGUACAAGCAGAUAAAGUUGCUAACACUGUUGAGGGAGUUGCUAUUGAAACUGAACAGGCAAAUGGAAGUACCUUGUCUCUCACCGAAAAACCAGAACAAUGGCUGGAUGACGUUAGUGACACUUUAAAGGGUGUAUGUGUGCAAGUGGCUAAUGAAGCUGUUAGCCAACAGCACAUGCUUUGUGACAACAUUAAAGAGAUGACUGAGAUUAUUCGUUUAUUUUUGAGUGAUGCAGUAGGGGUAGAUAAUAAACAAAGAGACAGAGAUAUGAAAUUGAUGGAGAUUCAGAGCAAAGUGGAAGUGGCUAUGAAAGGUGCAGUAGAUGCCUUUCAACUGUUUGAAAAAUCAGUCAGUGAUCUGCAUCGUCAUUUGGACAUGCUAAGCAAUGCCAAGAAGCAAGAGGAAUCACUGACGAUAUCAGAGCUGAUUGCAAAACUGAAAUAUGAUGUUGAAAAGUCACAGAUUGAAGUGACAGAGGCUCAGGCUGACUUGGCACUCAAUCAAGACUAUCUCAUGUCUGUAGAGACAAGUAGACGGAAAUUGGAAUCUGAACUGGCAGAGCUAACACCUGUAGCUACUGAAGUUGAUGUUCCAACCUUGCUGCAAUAUGCUGACAAACGUCUAGAGAAACUACGUCAAGAAUUGGAGGAGCACAAACGGAUUGUUCAUGAGCAGGUUACAGCAGCUGUGCAACGACAAAAAAGAGUAGAUGCAGAAGUAGCAGAAAGCCAAUUGCAAGCUAAAAUUAACCUAAUCAAAUCAGAACACAAAUCUGAUAUUGAACGAGUGAUGAAUCAAGUUCAGCAAGACUAUCUAGUCAACAUGCAAGAACGACUGCACCAUCAAGCUUCAGUGUAUCAUGAACAUAUUGAUAGCAUACUCAAUGCUCAGAAGGAGAAACUAGAGAAACAAUUCCACACCCAGCUGAGACUCGAGAGGCAGCAUGAAUGUGCCAAACAACAAGCUGCUCUUGAUGUGACUGUUGCUAAGCUUCAUGGAGUUGAAUCUGUUAUUAAUGAUGUGGUUGAAGUGGAUAAGGCACAGUGCAACAGCAAGGAGUUCUAUCGUGCUUGUCAGCUGUUCUUGGAAGCAUUGGAUCGCAAGAAUGGAGAACACAGCAAGCCGUUGCAAAGUGAGGUGGAUAGAUUUAGGUCUCUCGAGAAUGCCGCCCUGUCUCAUCCUAUCAUACAAACAACCCUGGAGUCCAUCCCACAGAAAGCAUUACAAAAUGGCAUUCCACUAGAAGAUGCUCUACAUUGGAGAUUUGCUGCCAUGAAGAAAGCGUGUCAACGUGUUGCAUUGAUUGGUGAAGAUGGCGGUAAUGUUUUCCAGUACCUCCUAUCAUAUUUGCAUUCUUUCUUUCGGGUGGAAACUAGAAUCAACGUUAAUGAAGACAGUUUUUGUCCAGAAGACGGCACAGAUACGUUUCAUCUCCUGUCAUUAGCAGAGCACUUUGUUAGGCAUGGAAAUCUUGAAUUAGCUGCAAGGCUGGUCAACCAGCUUCAAGGAGAGCCUCAUCGACUUGCUGCAGACUGGCUAUCAGAUGUUCGACUGCUCUUAGAAACAAAGCAAGCAGUUAGCGUGUUGUGCUCAUACGCUUCAUUAUCAGAACUGUAGUGUGCUAGCAAUCAACAGAAAUAUUUUGUCUGGAAUGAUUCAAGAGAAAGGGGAUAUUAUUCUUUCUUCCAUUGUGUGUUUUCCUAUCAUUACUGCCAAUUGUUGGAUUCUGUCAUGCACAUUUAUCAUAGCAUCGAAAGUGCCUUUUGUUUAUUGAUGGUUCAAUGCCUGUGUGUACAUGCCAUGUGCAUGUGUGUUUGUGCACGCGCGUGCAUGUGUGUGUCAUAAUGUCCAAGAAAGUUACACACAA